GCUACACGUGGUUCUGGUCCAGGCUAAAAGCGGAGGAGAGAGCUCAGCGCAGCGAGAGGCUUCCAGAGCAGCACCAUGUCUCUGUACCGCAACUCCGCCUGGUUCCUGAAGGGAAUGACCGAGUUCACCAGGAAUGCCUUCCUGUCAGCGUCCAAGAGGUUCGUUGAGAAGGACCUGGAGGUGUCCAUGGCUGGACGCGCCUUCAUGAUUACAGGAGCCAACAGUGGCAUCGGGAAAGCCACUGCCAUGGCCAUCGCUAAGAAGGGUGGAACGGUCCACAUGGUGUGCAGGAACAAGGACAAAGCCGAGGAGGCGAGGGCUGACAUCGUCAAGGAGACGGGAAAUAAAGAGGUCUAUGUCCACAUCCUGGACCUGUCUGAGACCAAGAAGGUCUGGGAGUUUGCUGAGGGCUUCAAAAGGAAGUACAAGGCCCUCAAUGUGCUGAUCAAUAACGCAGGCUCCAUCAUGAGUCAGAGGGACGUGAACACUGAGGGGCUUGAGAAGAGCUUCGCCACCAACGUUCUUGGGGUUUACAUUCUCACCAAGAGUCUCAUUCCCUUGCUGGAGAAGAGCGCAGAUCCCAGAGUGAUCACAGUGUCAUCAGGGGGGAUGUUGGUGCAGAAGCUCAGGACAGGAAACCUGCAGUCUGAGAGAGGCCGUUAUGACGGCACCAUGGUGUACGCCCAGCACAAAAGGCAGCAGGUGGUGAUGACAGAGCAGCUGGCAAAGACGCACACUAACAUCCACUUCUCCGUCAUGCAUCCUGGCUGGGUCGACACUCCAGCGGUGGCCAAUGCCAUGCCAGACUUCCACAGCUCCAUGAAGGACAGUCUGCGGACCCCGGAGCAGGGCGCCGACACCGUGGUUUGGCUGGCUGUCUCUGAAGCUGCCACCACAAACCCCAGCGGACGUUUCUACCAGGACCGAAAGAUGGUGUCCACCCACCUGCCGCUGGCCUGGACCCACAGCUCUGCCCUGGAGGAGCAGAAGUUGUUGUCUCUACUGGAGGACUUGGCCAAGACGUUUCAGCCACACUGAGACAGCGGGAACCGGUCACCAGUACACCACCGACACUAACACCAUCCGUUCAUACUGACCGAGGCUGGACUCAGUAUUACAUCCCCAUGAUGAUAUAAUACUGUACACGCCGGCAGAGGGAAUAGAUCUGUGUCCAUUUUAUCCAAAGCAUUUGGAGUGUUAACACUACCUGCGGUCUCUGGCUUUAAAUGGGACAGAAUGAAGAUAAAAUGUGUUUGGGAAACGCAGCCUCACAAUGCCAGAUUAAACUUGUCUAUAAUAGAGGGAUGAGAAAGAUUUGUAAUAACUAUUUAUAUGAUAACAAAUGUCCUCAUCUGUGAGCUUAACCUUAUACAGACUAAACAUUUUAUUGUGUAAGAGCGUUUGACAGUGAUGCUGCCUUUACAUUUUCAAAGGAUGUCAUCUUACCUAUGGAGAGAGCACCUUUAUAAACACACACACACACACACACACACACAAUCCAGUCUGUUACUUUGACUUUAUGAAAGUUGUCAAUCAGAUGGGAAUCUGAUGUGACCGAAGUCACUCACACACACCCUGCAUUGUUAGUUCACAACACCAGCCGUGGGUUCAGUCUCGUUCUUGUCGUCUGGAUGACUUACAAACGUGCCACGUGAUGUGUACCUAACAGCCCCGUCGAUAACCUGUGUAUUUGCUACGUUGUAGUGCAGCGUCUGUACUGUGCAGGUUGGGCUCAUGCUGGGGACGAGGUGCUCUCUCUAUUAGCCGCGUGCCUUAAACACACCACACAGCACCACCGCUUGAAAUGUGCAAUAAAACCUAUGUGUUUAUGACUCAGUAAUAUCUGCCCAGCACCUUUAAAAAGGCCUUUUACUGACUGUGACUUUGGCUUGAGUUUAUCUUGUAAAUGCCUGCUUGAAUAAAGAAAAUGAUUGAUGAUG